CCGAAGGCUGAACAAAAGCCGCACUUAGAGGAAGUCUAUAAUUUAUGGAACAAAGUUUGGUACGGUGUGUUCCUUUAAGCCCCGUGAAAAGCUUUUGUGAAACCCGGUGUUGACCUGACAGCAUGACCUCUGCCUUUCGGUAAUUCACGCAUUGCGAGGAAAGCGAGCACUCCGUUUCGUGUCUAGAAAAGACUUAAAAAUGCGUUACGUGGCCGCUUACCUGCUGGCCGUCUUGGGCGGCAAUGAAUCCCCCUCCGCCAAUGACAUCAAGAAGAUCCUGGAGACUGUGGCCGUGGGAGUUGAGGAUGAACCCCUGAACAGGGUUAUCGAGCAACUGUCGGGCAAGAACAUCGACGACGUCAUCGCCCAAGGCCAAACCAUGCUGGCCUCUGUGCCCACAGGGGGCGUGGCAGCCGCCGCUGGGGCCGGAGGAGGUGGGGAAGGAGCAGGAGCAGCCAGUGAGCAGAAAGAGGAGGAGGCCAAGAAAGAAGAGGAGGAAGAAGAGUCGGAUGAUGACAUGGGCUUUGGUCUAUUUGACUAGACCCCCCCCCAGACCCCGAUCACUGCUACAUCAGGCUGCUUAGGGACUUGACAACAUUGGUCAUGGCACCAUUUCAUUCACACGGCACAACGGCAAACUCAAAACUGUGCACCACAUCCGGUACACGCCUGUUCAUGGGACGCUCGCCUGAAACGGAGCUCUUUUUAAAAACCUCAAUAUCACUUUGGCCCUUUGUUUUUCAGAUGGCUUUCCAUAUGUCUCCUUGCAAGCCGCACGGCCGAUGCAGAGAUCCUAGAUAGAUACAUUUUUUUAACUUAAGUGAUCAGAGUUGAAAAAAAACUGUAAAACUAUCCACGCAUGCUUACAAAUGUGGCAGAAACAUGAAAAUAAAAUCAUUAUGUGGUUUGAAGUACAUAAAAUUGAA